CUCGCCUUCAUUUGCACCCACCGCCUCCACCACCUCCUGCCCGUCACAAUGGCAAUCAUCACCAUGCAAACGGUAGCACGAGUCAGCACGUGGCGGACUCUUCGUCAUCGGACUACGCGUCCAGCUCAACACCUGUAUCGUCUACCGCACCCCCUCUUCCCGUUCGUCGCAUCUCGCCUAGCUCUUCCUUGCCCGAGAUCACUUCCCCGCCUCCGCCUCUUCCGACCAGAAACAGCAUCAAUAUCUCCGGGUUCCUCGACAACGUUGGCUCGCCCGGCCCGGAACGCAAGCCUCUUGGAAGCAAGAACUUACCACCUCCGCCGACGCGGACGAUUGGACUCGGAGAGAAGCUUCCGCCUAUGCGCAGAGCGCAGUCCCCCUCGUCUGAUGAGGAGUCGGAGGAAGAUGAUCCGCGCCUGCGUGCGGUAGAGAUGAUGCCAGAUGCGUCCCGGUCGUCCAGGCGCCCUCCGCACGCGAACUGUUUCCAAUAUCUCGACUACAAGAUACAUGUCCCUGCGUAUAGUGGUCAUGCUGCGGUCGCCGGAUCGAGUGUUCUCGUCACAACUCCACACCACAUUCGGUACUACGACCUUAGCGUCAGCGACAUCUACUUGUGGAGUGCCGACAUGAAGGAGCUGGGUAUGCGGGAUAUGAAGGUCACUGCCAUGGAGUUCGCGCCUCCCGGUUACGGCGCUGAUGGCGGCGAAAAGCCCGGGAGCGUUGUCUGGCUGGGCAUGAAGGAGGGCCAUCUCGUCGAGUUCGCGGUCAAGUCGCGCUCGGUGCUUGCAACGAAGCUCGGCGCCCACGCCCACGCGGUAACGCAUAUCUUCCGUCACGGGCGGGCUAUGGUCAGCCUGGACGACAGCGGAAAGGCGCUCGUAUUUGAGCCGCCACCGUCCCAGAAUCCAGCGCUAGCCAUGGCGCCGAGUCUCGCGAUCACGCCGCCGCGUGCGGUUCGUACGGCGGAGAAGCAGGAUUUCGCAGCGCUCGUCGGCGGGCUGCUGUGGAUGUCCGCGCGAGGAGACACGGCGCACGCUGCGGGCGGCGCUGGUGGACCAGCAGGUAGCGCAGUGCCUGUCAUUCGCGUGUACGACGUGUUUGCCCCUGGCAAUAUCGGGCGGAGUGUCUUGCCUACUCAGCAUGCAGGUGCGGUGACGUGUGGGACGAUGAUGCAGUCGCAGCCCGGGAUCGUCUUCAUUGGGCACGAGGGCGGGUAUGUCAGUCUAUGGGACAUCAGCUCAGAGGGUGAUGGCUCGGAAGGCACCACUCCGGCGUGUAUAGAAGUUAUGAAGGUCGGUGCGUCGGAUGUGUUGUGUCUCGCAGGCGUCGCGGAUAGGUUGUGGGCUGGAGGGAGAAAGGGGAUGAUCAUGGCGUACGAUGUGUCGCAGAAGCCGUGGGUCGUGACGAACGCAUGGGCUGCGCACAAGGAUCUGCCUAUUCUGAGGAUGUCCGUGGAUCCUUAUUCCAUCGAGAAAGUGGAGCGGCUGAGCGUCGUGAGUGUUGGUCGGGAUGAGCAGUUGCGGAUUUGGGAUGGAUUGCUGGGGGUGGACUGGGUCGACCAAGAACUCCUCAAGCGGGAGAAGCUAUUCAGCAGUUUCCGCCCUCUUAACGUCCUGGUGGUCUCGUGGAAUGUCGACGCCGCUAAACCGGACGCACUCACCGGCAACGAGAUAAACCUCAACUUCCUCUCGGACGUUCUCAGCUCUGUCGACCGCCCCGAUAUCAUUUCGUUUGGCUUCCAGGAGGUCAUCGACCUCGAAUCGCGCAAGAUGGCGGCCAAGAACCUGCUUCUCGGCGGCAAGAAGAAGGGCGAGGACGGUCGGAUCUCGGAGAAGGUGACGAGUUCGUACAGGCGCUGGCACGAUCGGCUCGUGCUUGCUGUUCAGCUCGCGAUGCCUGCCGAUUGCCCAUAUACCGUGAUCCAUACGGAGAGCCUUGUGGGCUUGUUCACCUGCAUAUUCGCGAAGAACACGGAGAAGGUCGUUAUGAAGGACAUCGCAGUCGCAUCGAUCAAGCGAGGGAUGGGUGGGCGGUAUGGUAACAAAGGCGGCAUUGUAUCCCGUUUCGUGAUCGAUGACACGUCCGUAUGCAUGAUCAAUUGCCAUCUCGCGGCUGGCCAGCACCACGUUCAGCAGCGUAAUGCUGACGUCGCCGGUAUGCUCGAGGAGAAGGACGUCCUCCCUGCCGCUCGUGUGUUCGAGGAUCCCAUCGCAUAUGUCGGUGGAGGCGACGGUUCUAUGGUGCUCGACCAUGAAAUCGUUAUUGUCAACGGCGACAUGAACUACCGCAUCGAUCAACGUCGCGAGCACAUCAUCGCUGCCAUUCACUCCCGCGAUUGGGAAGCCCUGCUCGCUCACGAUCAGCUCGCCAAGGAGAUGCGGUUCAAUCGUGGCUUUCGUUUCCGCACGUUCAGUGAGGGCCCGCUCACGUUUGCGCCGACGUACAAGUACGACCGCGGAUCGGACGAGUUCGACUCCUCGGAGAAGCGGCGAGUGCCUGCCUGGUGCGACCGUGUGCUCUGGCGCUCCCGUGUGCCCGAGCGUCUCGUGCAGACGCAUUACUGCCGCUGGGAACCCAACAUCAGCGACCAUCGGCCGAUCAGCGCAGGCUUCGUCAUCACGAUCAAGAGCGUGGACGGGGAUAAGCGUCGUCGUGCCAAACGGGAAGUUGAGAAGAUGUGGGAUGCGCGGCAGGUAGAGCUGCUCCACCAGACGCGGGAUUGGUACUCACUGCAGGCGAUGAUUGUAUGAUGGGCCGCGUGCUGUGAGGUUUUGCAUACUAGAAUUACAAGCAGCAUCUGUAUUACUGAGACAAUGUUCUCUGCCAUUGGACAUUUUUGGGACUUUAGGUAGACUACGGGUGCCAUUGGAACCUGUACCCACUAUCAUUAUGUACUUGAUAUGGAACCCUUGAGCUAUG